UAAUUGAUAUCAAUAAAAAAAAUUUGCUACGCUAUUCAAAUAAUUAAAUUUGCCCUAUAGUUCAGUGUUAGUCUAGAGUGCAACAUGUCGCUAUUAAUAAAAGCCGCCACAACAACACGCCAGCUCAUUCAUAAGGCAUCGGGGCUGCAGCAGCAGGUGCGUUAUCUAAAUUUGCUCGAAUUCCAGUCGAAGGAUCUGUUGCAGAAGUAUGGCGUAGCCAUACAACAGUUCAAAGUUUUGGACAACACGAGCAGCGAUAAGCAAGUGGUUCAAUCAUUUGAUUGUCCCGAGUAUGUGGUGAAGGCACAGAUCUUGGCGGGCGGGCGCGGCAAAGGUACUUUUGAUAAUGGCUUCAAGGGAGGCGUGCACAUAACCUCAAACAAGGGAGAUGUGCUGUCUCUGAGCAAACAGAUGAUUGGCAAUCGUCUGAUUACCAAACAGACGCCCAAAUCGGGCAUCCUCGUCAACAAGGUGAUGGUGGCGCGCAGUGUGAAUAUUACCCGUGAGACAUAUAUUUGCUUCCUGCUCGAUCGCGAGCACAAUGGACCCGUGCUGAUUGCCUCGCCGGCUGGCGGCAUGGACAUUGAGGCUGUGGCCCAGGAAACGCCGGAGAAGAUAAAGACUGUGCCGCUGGAUAUUGGCAAACCUAUACCUGAGGCGACACUGCUCGAGGUGGCCAGGUUUCUGGAGUUUAAGGGCGAUGCUGUAAAGCGUUGUGCGGAUGAGAUUCAAAAGCUUUAUACUCUCUUUAAGGCUGUGGAUGCUCUGCAAAUUGAGAUUAAUCCGUUGGCCGAAACCGAUAGCGGCGAAGUCAUCUCUGUAGAUGCCAAACUCAAUUUUGAUGAUAAUGCCCAGUUCAGGCAGAAGGACAUAUUCGCCAUGGAUGUCACCGAGGAGGAGGCCGAUCCCCGUGAGGUGGAAGCUAACAAAUAUAAUCUCAACUAUGUGGCUAUGGAUGGCAACAUUGGAUGCUUGGUAAAUGGUGCCGGUCUCGCCAUGGCUACAAUGGACAUCAUCAAGUUGAGAGGCGGCGAGCCGGCAAAUUUCUUGGAUGUUGGCGGCAGCGUUAAGGAGGAUCAGGUGGCCAAGGCAUUUGAAAUCCUCACAUCCGAUCCGAAGGUGAAGGGCAUUCUGGUGAAUGUAUUUGGUGGCAUUGUUAAUUGUGCCACCAUUGCCAAUGGCAUUGUGGCGGCGUCCAAGAAGCUGAAGCUAAAUGUGCCGCUGGUUGUGCGUCUGGAGGGCACCAAUGUGACCAAAGCACGCGAGAUUCUGAAGAACUCGGGCCUGCCCAUACAAACCGCCUGCGAUUUGGAUGAUGCCGCCAAAAAAGCAGUUGCUGCCCUAUAAAGUUGAACUACAGCAGCACCCGCACAGUCAAGACGCACAUUGCAUUUAAACGUCGAUGACAUAUAAAUUGUACAUGAAAGGCCUCUAUUUACUCUAAGACUUAAAGACAAUAUAUAUGUAUAUUUA